CCCCCUUCCCCCACCAUGAGCGGCUUAACAGCACAACACAAGCAGAGUCCCUUGCAGGACCUCUUUCACAUCAUCACCAUGUUGCCCACGACAAUCCGCUCUCCACCUUCUCUCGGAGACUUUAUCCCCAUCGAGGAGCAUCAGGCGCAAACCCCCGAGACCUUCUUCGGCGGAAAGCCCGUCCUGCACUUCCACCUCGACGGCGCAAAGGCUUGGAUCCCGGCCUCGCAGAAGGGCAGCUUGGCCGUCUUCCCUGCGGAUGUCGCGACCGCUGCCUCUGCCCCUGAGGGCGCCACGUUGAGAGAGCUCUCCGAGGAGCUGGUCGAGCAGCUGGUUUCCGUCUUUGUCACGUCAGAGAACUUCACCGUCUUCUCCGCUGCACAAGGCGCGGGUGUCGAGAUCCCCUAUCCCUCCAUUUCCAUCCACGCGGUAAAGCAAGUCGGCACCACCGCCGAGGGAACCCCUCUCCAGGCCAUCUGGAUGCAGCUGCAGCUCGCCGACGGCGGCGACGGCGACGACGACUUCGAGACGAUCGACCUGACCCUCGUCCCGGCCCUGGCGGCCGGCAGCCCCCAGGCCGAUGUCCAGAAGUUCUACGACGCCAUCUCGGCCUGCUCCGACCUGCAUCCCGACCCUGUCGACGAGGAGGACGAGGACGAGGACGGCCGCAUCGUCUUCGAGGGCGAGCGCGAGCAUGAGCCCGUCGAGGGCUAUACCGGGGUCCUGUACGGCGCUCACGACGGCGGCCUGCCCCCGGCGUUCCCAGGCAGCGCCGGCUGGAUCACGGCGGAGAACGUGCACGAGCACUUUGAUGCCGACGGCAACUGGAUCGGCCAGAACGGCGCUGAGGAGGAUGGAGAGGCGGAUGCGGAAGGAGGGGAGCUGGGCGAGGGCGCCGGGCGUGUUCGAGGACACGAUGAGGUCAACGGCGGCGUGAACGGUCACGACGACCCCGACAACAAGCGUCCGCGCGUGGGCGAGUCAUGACCUGUGUGGACAGGACAGUGGGCGUAGAAGAAAAGAACUGACGAGGAACGACUUGAUACCAUGGAUAAGGCCCGGGUUCAAUAAAAAAAAACCGAGGUAGGGACACGGCAUUUUCGGCUACUCGUCUCUUAGGAGGCCUUCGAUCACAUUGUGGCUGAUGAGGCGCCGACGGGCUUUCGACCAGCUGCUCCACGACUUGUCUGAAUAUAUUUGAUAUGAGUGAUUGUGACAUCUGUCAGGUGGCUAA